AUGGACCGCUAUGUCAGUGAUUUGCAAUCCCGCGAUGAUGGUUUCAACUUCAAAUUGUACCGCUAUGUCCCGUCUUUGCCCGCAGCCAUCAUCUUUGUGGUUAUCUUUGCCACUCUCACGGCCCUUCAUACUUGGCGGCUAUAUCGCUCGCGGGCGCUGUAUUUUACCGCAUUCACUAUCGGCGGCCUCUUCGAGACCAUCGGCUACUGCGGCCGUAUCUGGUCGCACUACGACAAUCAGGCCAUCGGCGGCUUUGUUAUGCAAGCUAUCCUUAUCCUCGUCGCCCCUGCCCUCUUUGCUGCUUCCGUCUACAUGAUUCUUGGUCGUCUUAUCCGCGCCAUACGUGCCGAGCAUCUAUCCCUUUUGCCGGUGAGGCGGCUGACGACCAUCUUCGUGGUAGGCGACGUCAUCUCCUUCACACUGCAGGCCGCCGGUGGAGGUAUCCAGUCAGCAGGGACACUGAACAUGUUCAAUAUCGGGGAGAAGAUCAUAGUGGUGGGGCUAUGUAUGCAGAUCGCCUUUUUUGGCUUCUUCGUCGUGACGGUCAUCCUUUUUUAUCAACGAAUCCGUGCUCAUCCUACGCCCGAGGCCCAGCAAAACGAAAUCCCCUGGCGUCGACACGUCCGAGUCUUAUUCGCCGUCAGCAUCAUCAUAUUGGUGCGAAGUGUCGUCAGAGUGGUUGAAUAUCUGCAAGGCAACGACGGGUACUUGAUUGCGCACGAAAUCUUCCUGUACAUCUUCGAUGCCACGUUGAUGGUGGCGGUCAUGACUAUUUUGCUUGUCUACUACGUCAGCGAUUUGAAAAUAGCUCUGGACAGGAUCAAAGCGACAUCUUCUCCUUUGAGAAGCGAUUAUCUAAUGGACACUGUUCGGGGGGGAGACGGGUCUUAA